CGAAGACGAGCUCACUUUGCAAUUCGCAAGAAACCGCAAGAGCUCAACACGAUGUUUUCUCCAAUCGCGCUUUCGUCCAUCGUAUCCCUCGUGGCUCUCAUUUCGGUUGUCAACGGCCACGGGUACCUCGAAGAACCCUCACCGAGUUGGGAAGAUAGUCCGAAUCCGGAAUGGGUUAUCAACGUCGACAACUACUGGGACAUUGGGUCGGGAGGAGACCAAUGUGGCUUGUUCAAGACCAUGGCCGAAGAGAAGAACGUGACUGUAAAAGAUGUCGUGCUGGAUAUGGUCGGAGCUGGCAAAGAGUGUGGUCACACUUUGGCGGAUGGCACUCGCCAACCGAUUCCUUCGGAUGGUCUGGCCAAGUGGCUGGGUAACGGUGGCGGUGGCUUCACCCACGUGGGGCCAUGUGAGAUUUACCUCGACGAUAAGAUGGUACUACACGGCGACAAUUGCGAGGACGAAUAUCCGGGUGGCGAUGUGGGUUCUACAGUCACAUCAGACAUGCCAGUGGACUACUCAUCCUGCACCGAAGAUUGCACGCUGACGAUUUAUUGGUUGGCCUUCCAGAACGCGAAUUGGCAGGCGUACAUCAACUGCGUUCCGCUAACUGGAAGCGGAUCGACGACAACAUCGACUUCAACGCCUGAAUCUUCGGUGACCUCUUCAUCUACGGCGGCGGAGGCUGAGACCACAGAAGUCCCAUCGACGGAUGCUCCAUCGACAGAAACACAGACGACUGACGCCCCAGAAACGGAAGCUCCUAUCGCCACCACCGAAGCAACUGCAGCCCUAUCGACAACUGAUGCACAACUGACCGUAGCCCCGUCAACGGAAACGGAUACGAAAUGCAAUGCUCGAGCGCGUCGUCUCCACCAGAAGUCGACAACGGACUAAGUCCCGGCUGUCAGAGAAUUCUUGUAUGAGUUUGAUUGUGCAGUAGAUCCAAACUGGUCGUAUCUACUGUUUGCGUCCUACAUUUGUCAUUCACUGGAUGGAUUUUUGGAAGCAUGGACCGAUUUGUGAGCUGUCCUUUAAACGAGGAUUUUUUUCUUUUGAAGUGAGUCUGUGAAAUAAGGUAUCUUACAGCUAAUAAGAUAUUCUAGUUGUAGUGAACACACGAUCUUUGGCGGG